CUCUGCCCUGCUUGGAUAGAGACCUCCGGAGAGGAGUAAAGAAUGACUGUUGAACAUCCUCAAGGCACCUGCAAGACCUCUAACUUCACCCUGGAGUUGAGCAGAAACAUAGCUUGCCUUUUCCCUCAAAUCAAUCUUGGACUCCAGACAAAGGGUUGGACCUUUGAGCCAAUAAGCAGGUUACUGGUAACAGUACCUGAGGAAAGACAAAGCUGUGGCUCCUCUUCGCCUUCUACUAGUGGAAGCAGCCUGAAACCUUCAUCAGAAGAAGAUGUUGGUGCCAUGCAUCUUGUACAGCCUGCAGAACUACUGUGAAUCAAAGUUGAGACCAAGAAAUUAUUUCUGAAAAAGGAUAUUUAUGGAAUAGAAUCAUCCUGAUGGGAGAUAAUGGAAAACCUUACAAAACACAGCAUUGAGUGUUCAAGUUUCAGAGGUGAUUGGGAAUGUAAAAGCCAGUUUGAGACAAAACAGGGAUCUCAGGAAGGACAUUUCAGUGAAAUGAUAUUUACUCCUGAAGACAUGCCCACUUUCAGUAUCCAGCAUCAGAGAAUUCAUACUGAUGAGAAACUCCUUGAAUGUAAGGAAUGUGGGAAGGAUUUUAGUUUUGUAUCGGUCCUUAUUCGACAUCAGCGAAUUCAUACUGGUGAGAAACCUUAUGAAUGCAAAGAAUGUGGCAAGGCCUUUGGUAGUGGUGCAAACCUUGCUUACCAUCAAAGAAUUCACACUGGUGAGAAGCCUUUUGAAUGUAAAGAAUGUGGGAAGGCCUUUGGUAGUGGCUCAAACCUUACUCACCAUCAGAGAAUUCAUACUGGUGAGAAACCCUAUGAAUGUAAGGAAUGUGGGAAAGCCUUUAGUUUUGGGUCAGGCCUUAUUCGACAUCAGAUCAUUCACAGUGGUGAAAAGCCUUAUGAGUGUAAGGAAUGUGGGAAGUCCUUCAGUUUUGAAUCAGCCCUUACUCGGCAUCACAGAAUUCACACAGGUGAGAAACCUUAUGAAUGUAUAGAUUGUGGUAAAGCCUUUGGCAGUGGUUCAAACCUUACUCAACAUCGGCGGAUUCAUACUGGUGAGAAACCUUAUGAGUGCAAAGCAUGUGGAAUGGCCUUUAGCAGUGGUUCAGCCCUUACUCGGCAUCAGAGAAUUCAUACCGGUGAGAAACCAUACAUAUGUAAUGAAUGUGGGAAGGCCUUUAGUUUUGGAUCAGCCCUUACACGACAUCAGAGAAUUCAUACUGGCGAGAAACCUUAUGUAUGUAAGGAAUGUGGGAAGGCUUUUAAUAGUGGCUCAGAUCUCACUCAACAUCAGAGAAUUCACACUGGUGAGAAACCCUAUGAGUGUAAAGAGUGUGAGAAAGCCUUUAGAAGUGGUUCAAAACUUAUUCAGCAUCAAAGAAUGCAUACUGGUGAGAAACCUUAUGAAUGUAAGGAAUGUGGGAAGACCUUUAGUAGUGGUUCAGACCUUACUCAACAUUACAGAAUUCAUACUGGUGAGAAACCCUAUGAAUGUAAGGAAUGUGGGAAGGCCUUUGGUAGUGGCUCAAAACUUAUCCAACACCAGUUAAUCCAUACUGGUGAAAGACCCUAUGAAUGUAAAGAAUGUGGAAAGUCCUUUAGUAGUGGUUCAGCUCUUAAUCGGCACCAGAGAAUACACACUGGUGAGAAACCCUAUGAAUGUGGGGAGUGUGGGAAAGCUUUUUGUAGUGGCUCAAGCCUUACUCAGCAUCAGAGAAUUCAUACAGGUGAGAAACCUUAUGAAUGUAAGAACUGUGGGAAGGCUUACGGGAGGGGUUCAGAGUUUCAGCAACAUAAGAAAAGUCAUAAUGGUAAGAAACUCUGUGAAUUGGAGACUAUGAAUUGAAAUUAUGUGCUGAAGGAAGGACUCUAAACAUAUGACAUAAGAAAAUUCAUAGUGGUGAAAAUCUCUACAAAUAAAACUAAGGUACAGAUGCCUUACUUAUGCUUCACAGGUUAGUCAGUCUAAGAAAAUUUAUACAGGAAAAAAAUCACCCCAAAUAAAAUAAAUAUUUGAAGAUCCUUA